AUGGCCAGGCCGGAUAGCCGCCUCGGCACAGGAACAUUCCAGAUGAACGGUCUGACCAACUGGCUCAAGCCGUCUGUCGAUGAGCAGUUCGAGUCUAUCCUGCCCUGGUUACGGAAAAAAGUUCUCAAUCGUUCGACUGCUGCUCGUCAGCCCCCAGCUCCUUGGAGUUAUACUAGCGACAAUUUACGCUAUGCCUCGGUCAAGCCUCAAACGUUGCAGAUUGUAAAGAUCUUAUCAUCCAACCGUAUCUGUAAGGUUUUACUCUCGGAUUCCUUCUCGACUAUUGAGGCUAUUAUUGCUGCUCAGCCGCCGUCGAGGAAUCCCACUGUUACUGUCGCGAGCAUUGGCGGACUCAUCAGCAUUUCACGCUACGAGCUCGUUUUUCAUACGUUUGACUCAGUUUAUCCUGUAGACAUUUCGCUCUUCGUUCAGGAAUCGGAGCUGUCCGGUUCCGAACGCUUUCAUUGCCUUGGGCAUCCCAAGCCUCUAGCCAUGGCUGGGGGCACGGAGGCAUUUUCUGACACUCCGAAAGCGGCAACUUCAGUGCUCAAUCUGGGUACGAAAUCCCCACAAGAGAAUAAGCACUUCUCAACUCAAGGUGAUGAGGUUUUAUCCCAUAUCGAGAAUUCGUUGAAUAUUGCUACUCAGCCUCCCUUUGUGGGAAUGCAAUCAGAUGCAUCGAAAUCAGCAAUUUCUCCAUAUACGCCUUCCAAUCGCUCAACCCCCCCUCUCCCUACGACUCCAACAAGUCUUCUUUCAGGCCGCACCUCAAAACGUCUCAAGGCCGUUCCAUCGUUGAUGACAAGAAAGUCGGCCAAUACGACUGAGGAUCUCAUGGGUCUCGUAGGUAGCAAGAAAGCUCCUACAGGAUCCUGGUCGAGAUUGGAGCCGGGCCCUGCCCAGGCCUCCUAUAACGAAGGCAGCGCUCAUUUCUCCAUGCCGCAAGCAAAGCGAGCAGUGGACAGUCUUUGUGGAACCAUUAGUCACAGCGAGGAUGCUCAGCCAAAGCACGUCUCUGGAACUUCCCCUAAGACCGUUCAUAUCAAAGAAGAACCGGUCUCCCCGCUGAUGGAAUCUCAAAAUUUCUUGUCUGGACGAGACUCUCUUCUAGUGAAUGGACUUUCAGCGCAAGACUCCAGCGAGCUUCAACUUAAUGCUGAACUCCUGCAGCAUUAUGCCUCUGAACAAGGAGAAAAUACCGAUUCAGGCAUUUGGAAGGGAAUGGAAUCGGUGCUUCGCCGAGAUGUUGAUAUUCCCAAGGAUCAGAGGAAAGUGCUUGACGGGGAAUAUUCUUGGCUUCCUCCAGAGCCUGGAACCGAUGAACCGAUGGUGCCUUUACCUAGCCAUAUUCUUCGAUGGCUUGACGAAAAAGCCGACGACGCUGCGAGCGAGGCUACUAUUCUCGAAAAGGAACAAGUUCCAAAACCUGAUGAUCUAAGACUGUCUUCUUCAUCGCCUCUGCCUGAGCGAAAUGAGACAGAUGAGAACGUCGACGUCGGUAGUCCCGUAACGAACUGGUCUUUGAGUCCUUUACAUCACAGACGUGAUUAUUUACCUCCCGACAGCAGCGCCGAAGUGAUGAGAGAUCGAUCCAUCGGAAAAGUUUCGAGGACUAAGAGGCAAAGGUCACUUUCAAUGGAUGAGGACAUUCCUUUAUCAAAGAAGAACAAGGUUCUAAACAGCGUUACACGGAUGAACCACAGCUCCCCGUCAGUUUCGCCGUCACCGUCACAUGAUCGUGGCAUGAUCAAACAUAGAGAACGCAACGCAAGAGGCACCGAUACGUUGGCCCAACAGGGUGAUUGCCUAGAUGCCUUGCAGCAGUCUCAGGAAGAUCUCGUUCAUGACACACAGCCAUCUUCCGAGACGCAACUGAAUGUUGGCAAGUCUCCCAACAAGGAAAUCCCCGAAGCCAGGCGGUCCCAAAUCUCUCCGCCUCCAGUUUAUGAGCUGCCCAUUUUCAUUCGUGGUUACUAUAAUUCAACUCCAAUGAUGCCAACCGAUGAGUCAGACCUCGAUUCUGAUGAGGAGUCCGAGCCGGAGCUUCAUACAUAUUAUCAUCCGACGGCAACUGGAAAAGGAGAGAGUGGGAAAACCGGACAAAGUAACAGGCAGAGCCCACUUCCUUUUGCCGAAUCCGAAAAUUCUUACUUACAGGUGCACCGGACACCUUAUCAAAAUAAAAUUGUUUCAGAUCCACCCAACCACAUGACGGCAAAGGUUUCUUCAGAAGUUCGGGAAGUGGGAUCCAACGACACAUUUGUUUCAGGAACUUUCGAAGAAGGCAGGACUGAGCCCCAAAAUGGGGAAUUCAAGUCCGGUACUCAGCUGAGCACCGGUAGUUACAUUCAGGACGCAGCCGGGAAAAUUGUCUCGCAAAGCUUGUUUGUGUCCCCUGCUCAAGCCUCUGAAGCAUCUAUUUGCCCGCAAAAUGGCAACAAUGAUGAUAUUCCUCUGGACGCCGAAGAUUCAGGCAGCCGAAAUAUCCAAUCCGCUCGCCAUGCAUCUAGUGAUUCUCCGGCUGCUGGCCCGAAUGCUGAGGCGUGCCUUGGGAAAGAGACUAAAUUUAACUUUAGCCAAGAAGAUCGGCACGUUGCCAAUUUAUCUGAGAGAUUGAAGCAGCACAGGAGAGACUUUAUGAAAAAGAGAGCCGGAUCGCAGAGCGCCCACUCGUCACUCCGUACACCAGUUGAUCAGCAGAGACUAGAGCCUGAAUCUCGUCGUCCAUCGCAGAAUGGAAAAGCAGAGCAAGAAAUCUCCAGGUUCAACUCAGAUCCUUCUAUUGCAGGAGCGGCCUCGAUUCGAUCAUCACCCAAGAAUGGGAAUCUGCGCCGAGUGGUUGGUACACCACCCUCAUCCCAGAAAAUAGAGGAUGCAAACGCUCCAAUGAGAAAUACACCUGGGAGCUCUAGCCAUGCUGAUGGAGUCAGUGACGACAACCGGCAACAGCCUUUGAGGCAGGAGCUCUGCCAGAUUUUCCCUGGCACAAAUAGUCCUCUGGAGCUCUUCCAGCACUUCCGAAACGCGUAUCCUGAAUAUCAAGGAAGUUUCAAACACUUCUCUGGUGUUUGUAAUCGUAUCCACCAACUUACGGCCCAAGGCCAGCUCUUCCCUCAAUGCUUAUGGGACGAUUUUAUUGUCCGGCAUAACACGGAAUAUCGCUCGUACCUAGCUGAGUGCCACAGCAACUUUGUCGAUCCAGACAAGUAUGAGUCAUAUUAUCAGAAUAUCACCAGUAUCCGCUAUACUGGUAACAUAAUCACACGUCAAACUUUGAAAUUGGCGUUACGAACGGCUUCGAGCUCAAGCUCAACCGGAGACUCUAAAGACCGUCGAUCUUCUGGUUCGACCUAUGAGGAUGCGUUGACGGCACGGACUGUCUCAUAUUCGUCCAGCGUUCCAAUUCUUAACGAAGAACAUCAAGGAAGCCGGGUAUCUAGCCGGCGCUCUGAACAUCCACGUUGUUCUAGCCGACCAAGACCGUCUUCUCAACCUCCUCAAACAAAUCGUCAGUCUGAGGACCGCCCAUUGCCUCUCGACGCAGUCGUUUCAUCCCAGGCGUCACGCAAACGAUUGAAUACGGAACACUUGCCAUCCGAUCGGCCCCAUAAAAAGGCCAAGUCCAUUCCCAAGACUUCGCAGCCUACUCACGUAAACGUUGAACACUUUCCCGGAUCCAGUCAGAGCAACAAGUCUCGUCGAUCGAGUAAAUCAACCGCUCACUCUCCUCGUCACACUUCUAGUCGGCCUAGUUCUCGUUUGAGUCAGGGUCGCUCUAAAUCGCCGAUUACUACUACUGCUGCUGCUGCUGCUGCUGCUGCUCCUGUACAGUCAGCCAGAGAACGGUCAUACCACUCUGCGAGAGCCGCAGAUCCGCAUCGAUCCUCCGCACCGCUCGUUUCAAGUGCUCCUGCGCCUCAAUCUGGCUGGUGGCAAGACACUAACACGCCGUUCAAAAUGUUCGCACGCGCCUACACUAGUCUCAAGUCUGUCAAUGGGGCAAUUGCGGACGUUGACGACAAAGCAACCCGUCCGAUCAAUGUUUUGGAGUGGGAACUCUGA